AUGGGUGAUGCAGAUACAAAGCCAUUUUCGUGCUCAAAGUGUGGCAAGAGCUUCUCAACAAAGUGUAAUCUUAGUAGACACCAGAUAAUUCACACAGAAGAGAAGCCUUAUCAGUGUUCCGAAUGUGACACAUCUUUAACAACAAAAGCCUCGCUCAUCACACACCAGAGGAUUCACACAGGAGAGAAGCCUUUUAGAUGUUCACAAUGCAACAAGUGUUUCUCAGCUAGUAGUAGGUUAACCCGACACAUGAAGAUUCACACAGGGAAGAAACCAUACCAUUGUUCUGAAUGUGAUAAAAUAUUUUUUUGGAAGAAUACAUUGAUUGAACACCAGAAGAUUCACACAGGAGAGAACCAUUAUCAAUGCUCAGAAUGUACUCGAAGUUUUACAAGUAAAGCUGAUCUUAUCAAACAUCACAGGGUUCAUACAGGAGAGAAGCCUUUCACAUGUUCAGAAUGUAACAAGAAUUUCUCAACCAUGUUUAGUCUUAAGCAGCACAUGAUGACGCACACCGGAGAAAAGCCGUAUCAAUGCUCUGAAUGUGAUAAAUGUUUCAUAGAACAAUCACAGCUGAUCAAUCACCAGAGGAUUCACACAGGAGAGAAGCCAUACCAAUGCUCUGAGUGUGGUAAAUGUUUUACACAAAUAUCAAGUCUGACUACACACCAGAGGAUCCACACAGGAGAGAAGCCAUACCAAUGCUCUGAAUGUGGUAAAUGUUUCAAAAUUAAAAUAUCUUUUAUCUGUCAUCAGAGAAUUCACACAGGAGAGAAGCCAUAUCGGUGCUCUGAAUGUAACAAAGGUUUUACAGAUAUGUCAAAUCUAAUUAGACACCGGAAGGUUCACACAGGAGAAAAACCAUUUAGAUGUGAAGAAUGUGACAAGUGCUUCACACAAAAAACAGAUCUUAUCAAACAUCACAUGGUUCAUACAGGAGAGCAGCCUUUCACAUGUUCAGAGUGUAACAAGCAUUUCUCAACCAUGAUUAUUCUUAACCGACACAUGAAGAUGCACACAGGAGAGAAGCCAUAUCAAUGCUCUGAAUGUGAUAAAUGUUUCAGCAGACAUUCAGAGCUGAUCAAUCACCAGAGGGUUCACACAGGAGAAAAGCCAUAUCCAUGCUCUGAAUGUGGUAAAUGUUUCAAAUUCCGAACAUCUCUUAUCCGUCAUCAGAUAAUUCACACAGGAGAGAAGCCAUAUUUGUGCUCUGAAUGUAAUAAAGGUUUUACAGAGAGGUCAAAUCUGAUCACACACCAGAGGAUUCACAGAGGAGAAAAACCAUUUAGAUGUGAAGAAUGUGACAAGUGCUACACACAGAAAAUAGAUCUGUCCCAUCACCUGAAAACACAUACAAAAGUUAUUUAG